AGAGAGAGAGACUGGAGUGAAGUGAUUCUCUUCUCCUUGUGAAUUCCUGCCCUCCCUGUGUUGGACCUUCACCCUGUUCCCAACGCAUGCCGUGCAUCUAGACAUGUGGCCAUAUGUGUCCCAGAGUAACCUGGAUAUGGCUGCAAUGUAUGGACCAUUGGACAACUAUGGGAGCAGUGGAUGCAGCAGUACUAUGGACCCUUCUACCAGUAAUUUAGGCAGCUCUAUCACAGCUUGUAAAAAAAUAUUGUGCAGCAGCAGACCUGGAGAGUCAUUGGAUUACUGGCUACAGAACUCUAGGAACCUGUGCAGGAUAGGACUUAUUGAAGGAAGUUUGGAGACCCACUGCACAUCAGUAUGUUUUGUGAACCUCAAUGUUAUGAAGGAGGAUUCAAGUCAUGACAUUUUAAGUAAGAAAUUGCUAGAUGUGUCUGCAGACAUCCCCAAACUGAUGACAUCAAUGAAGGCACACGAGUUGAAAGAAAAUGAGAUUAUACUGCUGAGUGGAUUAACAUCGGGGAGGCUUCGUCCUGGGAUUGAAGGCCAACAAGUAUCCUGGCCAACAGAGAUCUGUCUUCUGCAAUACACAAGGGCCCUUGGGAAAAGCAGCCCUUCCUGCAUCCUCUUGGAACUGAAUAAAUUUCUUCUUGGCUUGGAGCUGGCACAAGAGAAUACACUGCAACAUGACAGCUCCCCCUUUAAAGCUGAGGAUGACACUAACUGCUCGGUGUCCUCCAUAGAGGAAGAUUUCCUGACUGCCUCUGAGCAGCUAGAAGAUGAGAGCGAGGGGGAAAACUGCAGGGGAGAGCCUCCUGAUGACAUCAAGAACAUAAGACGGAAAGUAAGUCUUCAGAACAUAAAUAGCAAAGAGACUCACUCUAAAUUAGAAAACUACAAAGACCACAUAGAACCUGCCACUGAGACUUUGCAUUCAAAACAGGCCCCUAUGAAAACAUUCCAAAGAGAAGAAUUACUUGGAGAGAUUUGCCUGGAUGGGGUACAGGGAACACAGGAAUCGAACGAAAGGAGACUUUCUUCAUUUGUGGAUAACUACGAACAAAGCAGAAAUGUAAAAAGACAUUGCCUCCAUGACGUGUGCAAGGUGGACAAAUGCAAGUUGCAGGCAGAAAAGGAAAAAAGUGAUUAUACAGGAGUGUGUACUUCUGACCAUUUUGGUGAACCUGCCACCACUGGCCAAUAUGCAACCAACCUAGCCGAAUGUGUGUUACAAGAUGCAUUUAUUAGACUGUCACAGCCAGAAUCUUCUUUCACCAAGGAAGCAGCUGUAUCUAUUUCAGCUAGAGACACUUUGCCUUCUGGAAACCUCACCAAACAAGAUGCUCCCGUAGCUUCUCGUUCAUGGAAUGACCUUCCUAAAAUUGUUAUAGUUCAAAGCCCAGACAGCUAUGAAAAUCCAACAGAGUGGACAGAUGAAUCUCACUGUUUGGAGCAGGAAAGUCCUUCAAAUGCUUCUGAUAAGUGCAUGGAUGAGAAUGGUUCUGUUGUUGCCACAAAAAAUACCUUAGAAAUGGCCUUAGCUUGUGCUGCAUCAGUAAUUGGAACCAUCACAAGCCCCCAAACUGCCAAAAAAAUAAAGAUAGAACACGAGGGACACAUGGAUUUAGAUAAAAACCUGGGUGAGCAGCAAAGGGACAGAGUAGGACUUUCAGGCAUCGCUUUGGGGCCUGAGUAUUCUGUGCCAUCUGCAUUGUGUGAAAUGACUCAGGUGGCAAGCGCAGUAGCAGUUUUUGGCCUUGGUGAACAAAAACAGAUCUCUUAUCCCACCACAGCCAGUGGACUUCUGGCAGCUGCGGAUGCCUCCACAGCUAUGACUCUGCAUUGCAGCAUUACAUUGGGAAGCAGUUUGGAAACACUAAAAGACAACAUUGCAAAGGUUUUACUUAGCGAAGCGUCUAUGGUAUUGACAAGUCCUUGCGCCUAUAGGAAUAUUGGAGAGUUCAUAGAAUCUUUGAAUGAAAGGAUCCUGAGUAGUGUAAAUUCUUCCAAACUGGCACACGUAGAGGAUGUUGUUAAUGAUGAUCUGGCUCAUAACUUGUCUGAUUCAAUCCUGAGAUAUUCUGCAGAGCAAGCUAUACAGAGGCUACAGAGUGAUGGUGACAAGGGCAAACCCAGGACCCAAGGUGCUUUUGUUGCAGCUGCAACAGAGCUGCUUUUCAAUGUGAUGCAUUUUACCUGCAAAAAGAUGGGUGACUUGUUACAGUCAGGUGACCUGCCUUUUGACCUUAAGGAUGACAAAAACAAUACAGUCAAUUCCCAGAUUCAGGAGAGUCAAAGUCAUGGUCUAUUAGAUGAUAUCUCAGUAGUUCAAAAGUCAGAGGACCUGAGGAAUAGGACGAGGCAACAUCAGCUUUGCAAGAACAGCCCUGAUUUGAAACAUGAGCAUUUGGAGCAUAAACUUCCACAAUAUGAGACCAAUGAGGCUGAUGCACCGGCAGAAUUAUACAACAGAAACAGUAGCCAAGCAAAUCUGCAAUUGCAAAUGUCAUCUAAUAAGCCAAAUAUGAAAAGGGAGAUGUACAGACGCCAUCACAAUGAGCACAGAGCCUUCUUAUCCAAAGAAAGCACCAUUAAUGCAGAAGAACGCAAGCACUCCAGCCAAAAUACUGGCUCAAUGGAAGAAGGGAUACAUUUUGGAAGCCAGGAAAAACUUAAUUCUGAGCACAGUUUAUUAAAGGACUUUUCCUCAAAUUCAAGCCCACCAAUUAAUUACAAGCUACAUCCAUCACACGCUGUGAUUCCAGUAAAACAUUCAGCCACUAAUUACUGUUUAACAGACUUUGCAGAUGAUUUAGCAGAAACGGUUGUUUCUAUGGCCACUGAAAUUGCAGCAAUUUGUCUAGAAAAUUCCCAUGGGAAGCAGCCGUGGUUUUGUGCCUGGGCAAAAGGUAGCGAAUGCCUCAUCCCACCAUGUCGAACUGUGAAAAGAAAAAAAGACACCUCCUCUGGGGGAUCUGUAGUAAGGAGACACAGGCCACCUCGCCUUAGUGAAAUUAAAAAGAAAACAGAUGAGCACCCAGAGCUAAAGGAAAGGCUUAUGAACAGAGUGGUGGAUGAGUCCAUCAACCUUGAGGAUGUUCCUGAUGCUGCCAAUGCUUUUGCCAAUGAAGUGGCUUUAAAAAUUAUGAAUCUAACUGAGUCAUCGGUGGCAGACACUCUGUGGCAAGGGGCACACAAUAGGUUACACUGUGACAGGUGGAGUAGGGGUAAAGCAUCUAGUUAUGAAAGCAUUCCAGAGGAGGAUUCGGAUGCUAAAAGCCUUCCCAACACCUUGGAUCCAAGUAGCAUUUUAGGGCUGCCGUUCAGCAGGACGGGUUCGGUGUCAAAGCAGUCAAGCUGUGAAAGCAUCACUGAUGAGUUCUCUAGGUUUAUGGUCAACCAAAUGGAAAAUGAGGGCAGGGAGUUUGAACUGUUAUUAGAUUAUUACGCUGGGAAUAAUGCAGCUAACAUCCUGAAUUCUGCAUUACAGCAAGUUUCAAAAAUAAACAAUCAUUUGAAUGUGAAAACUAGUUGCCUAUCUAAACAGUCAAGUACAGAAAGCAUAACAGAAGAGUUCUACAGGUACAUGCUGAAGGAAAUAGACAAAGAAAAUAAAGAAAUAUCCAACAGAAACACUGCAGCAUGGACAAGCAGUUUACAACCUCCAACAACCCGCACUCCAUUUUGCUUUCGGCAGUCUUCGAUGCCCUGUAACCGAUCUUCAAGUUCCCGUUUGACUGUGAACACUCCAGUAAAAGCAAAUUCUUUGGAUGGGUUUGCAAGAUGCGGCUCACAAGAUUUUCUCUAUGUGCAGCCCGUCAGUGCUAUGUCCUCUAUCAACCUUUGCAAAUCAGACUCUUGCCUGUACCAAAGAUGCCAGACUGACCAAGUCACAGAUAUGUUAAUUCAUGAAACAUGGUCCAGCUCUAUUGAGGACCUAAUGCGCAAGAACAAGAUCAUAGUAGACAGCACAGAGGACAGCGAUGUAGAUCUAUCUCCGAAAGGUUCACCAGCCCAUGUGGACAAUUACGCUAACAAACUAGCUGCUAAUAUUGUACAAAGUGGUAAAUCUAUCCUGGUUUUACAACAGGAAUCCCUAGACGACUCAAAAAAAGGAGGCUUAAAUUAUAGGAGUACAUCCCAAGGUCAGCACAAAGAUACAGGCAAACAAGGCUUUGAGAGCGAAAAUGUAAUGACAACGAAAUCUCUGACUGCUCACCAGCCUGGUUUAUGUUUUGGCCCCAGGGAUGUACCACUUAUACAGAUCGAAACAGAACAAAGGGAUGAGACAGAGGUAGAGGAGAAAGGAAACAUUCUGGAUAUGACCUUUUCAGAAGAUUCCAAAUGUUCAAAAGAAGAAGGAGAAAGAAAUGUAUUCUCAGCAGAAGUCAGCAGCAAUGUGCAGGGGAGAACCAGACAUGGCCCUGAUGUUUUACGAGAGGGAAAAACAAAUCCUGAGCCCCCUAUCCCAGCAAGCAGCAGUGAGGACAGUAAUGGCAGCUGGUCACAACUGGCUAACAAGGAGGAAAAUCCAGAGGACACCAAUAGCGUCCUGCAGCUGAGUGAGCACUCCGUGAGCAACAGUAACAGCAGUACCGCCAGCAGUGCAGGAGCCAUGGACCUGGAAGCCUAUCUGGAGGAGGUUUCAAGCACAGUGAGCGCUAACAUAAAUGUAAAAGAGAAAAAUGUGACCAAAGAUCUGCAGGACAAUCUUGAUGAAUGUACCUCCGGGCUAUCGGUGGGCACAGCCAGCUAUCAACAUGAAGUCUCUGUUAUAAACAUUGACCUGGAGUCAGACUGCAUUGAAUCGGAGUUACACACAACCUUGCAGUGGAUUGCUGCCUCACAACUGGGAAUUCCCGCUGUCUUUUUCAGGAAAUCCCAGGAACAGAAUAUCCAAAAGUUCCUUGAAGUCACACAUUUAGUUCAAGCGAAGUCCUGGAAAGUGGGAGACAUCUUCAGCGCCUUGAUUCUUCACUGCAAGAUGCAAAAGCAGGGGAACAAAACAUUGCCCAGCUUUUUCGACUGGCUUCUGGAACGCGGAUAAGAAAUGUUAGAUAUUUCCCACAACCAGGUGUCGGCCAUGGGGUUCUAGAAUCCCCUGUCUCAUCAGUCCAUAAACAGGCAACAGUGUAAAGCGACAAAAAUAGCAUUGCCAGAUUGUAUAUUUAGAAUGUAAUAGAAACACGUUUUCUAGGCAAGUGGACAAUUAUUAAUAUUUUUCUAAUAAAUAUAAAUAAGAUGUAUAUACAUACAUACACACAUAUAUAUAUAUAUAUACUGUAUAUUGAUUAGAGCACCUUUAAACUGGCUGUGUUUAAGUGGACAGUGAAUAUUUUUUUUACAGUAAUGGGACAUUUCAUUUUAAUUGGCUCUAAAAUGUGUGCUUGACAUAAACUUCACUUCUUGAGAUUUUGUUAAACUGUGGAAUUGAAGGAAAACAUACCAGGCAGUUCUGGACUGUGGAAAUAUCUACCAAACAUUCAGAGAAAAUGUCCAGUUGCAUUUUGGAACUAUAGGAUUUUGCUAGCAUCAAAAAAUUGUCUAUUUUGGAAGAAAAGAUUAUACAAGACAAUAUGAUUCCUUAUUUGGAGUUAUCAAGUGUUUAUAUAAAUAUAUAUAUAUCAGGCUGAAACGAAUGCUUUGAUGGCACAAAAGAAAAUGUGUAAUUGGGUAAUUAUUCAAUAUGAAAUAUUACAGUAAGAAUGUACAGUGUUAUUGGAACCCUUGAUGAAGGCUGCAUGGCAUUUGAGUAGUCAUACAGUAAAUAUAUGCCAGGCUGUGGAAUCUAUAUACUGUAUAUAUUUUUUAAAUAAUGACAGUUUGAAGGUGGGGGAUUUAAUUGAUUUGGAAUACAAAUAGAAGUGUGAGAAAUGUAUAAUUUAUAUAUUUUAAUAUAUUUUAAUUCAUAAAGUAAUUGAUUUCCUUCCAUCUUAAAUGUUCACCAUGCAUAUAUAUCAAUGGCCGAUAAAUAUUUACAAGGCAAUGUAAAACUUUAUGAACAGUAAAAAGGCAGAUUUCUGACAGUUUGAACAGUGGAUUAUGAAGAAUUGACAUCAUAUUAUUAAAGGUGAAGUGUAAAGCCUUGAAACCAAUGAAUGUAAAAUUCUUCAGAGCUUUUCCAGUACUUUUGCAGUUAACAUAAAUAUUUUUUCUAGUUUUCAAGAUGUGGGGGACGGUGGGGAAUGAGUCUGGAUUGGUGGGGCCCAUUGCGUUUUUUCCCAGUGUCCAACCAGCCCAGUCUGACCCUGCAUGCUCUGUAGGGUCAUGUUAAGAAUUUCCUAAUGUGGGAAUGAGCAAAUGAUGAAGAUAGGACCCUGUAGAAUAACAAGAUAUUACUGGGCUCCACAGCAAAUUAUUUUUCAGGCUCCUAAAAUGUCUUGAGAUUGACCUGUUUUACCAACAUGUAUUGACAUCCUAU